AUGGUGAAGAAAGUACAAGUGUCCCUGCGUGUCAGUGUGAUAAAGGACCUUGUUCCCGAUUUGAGCAACUUCUAUGCGCAGUACAAGUCCAUCAAGCCCUACCUGAACAAGAAGGAUGAGUCCCAGGAGGGGAAGCAGCAAUAUCUGCAGUCCAUAGAGGACCGCGACAAACUGGACGGACUGUACGAGUGCAUCCUGUGUGCCUGCUGCAGCACCAGCUGUCCCAGCUACUGGCGGUACGGAGACAAGUACCUGGGGCCUGCCGUGCUCAUGCAGGCCUAUCGCUGGAUGAUUGACUCCAGAGACGAGUUCACAGAGGAGCGCCUGGCCAAGCUGCAGGACCCCUUCUCGCUUUACUGCUGCCACACCAUCAUGAACUGCACACGGACCUGCCCCAAGGGCUUGAAUCCAGGGAAGGCCAUUGCUGAAAUCAAGAAGAUGAUGGUCACCUACAAGGAGAAGAAAGCUGCCAUUUAAAACCAUUCCCACGGAAGGCCCAAGGUGCCGGGCGGUCACCUCGCACACAGCAUAAUUCAGAUCUAAUUUAACUUUCUUCAGGGCUCUUGAUUUUCCUCAAACAUGGCAUGUGUAAUUAAAAUGUCGCAAAACAAAUAAAUCUUCUACUUUACUAA